AUGGGUUCCUCACAGAAGUGGUUCUUUAUGCUCUUUCUAUUCUUGAGCAUCUUUUUAGAGUUGAGUGCAAUAAGUUUAGCAAAUGAAAAGCUUGAGAAAUCUAGGUGGAGGGAUGAUGAUGAUUGUAGGUUUAGUAGGAGAGGAUGCGGUCGUUUUGGGGGGCGUCGUGGAUGGGGAAGACGGGGUGAUUUUGGAGGUGGUAGACGUGGUGGAGGAGGAUUUGGAGGUGGUGUAGGUGGUGGAGGGGGUGUUGGUGGGGGAGGUGGCAUUGGUGGUGGUGGUGGAGGUGGAAUUGGUGGUGGAGGAGGGGUAGGAGGUGGAAUUGGUAGUGGAGGAGGGGUAGGAGGUGGUGCAGGUGGAGGACUUGGAGGGGGAGGAGGCGGUGGUGCUGGUGGAGGAGGAGGUAUUGGAGGUGGUUCUGGUCAUGGUGGAGGAUUUGGAGCUGGAGGUGGUGUAGGGGGUGGUGCUGGUGGAGGAGUUGGCGGUGGUGUUGGAGGCGGAGGUGGUGGAGGUGCUGGUGUGGGAGGAGGUAUCGGAGGUGGUUCUGGCCAUGGUGGAGGAUUUGGAGCUGGAGGUGGCGUAGGGGGUGGUGCAGGUGGAGGAGUUGGUGGUGGUGUUGGAGGAGGCGGUGGUGGAGGUGCUGGUGGGGGAGGAGGUAUUGGGGGUGGUUCUGGCCAUGGUGGAGGAUUUGGAGCUGGAGGUGGCGUAGGGGGUGGUGCAGGUGGAGGAGUUGGUGGUGGUGUUGGAGGGGGGGGUGGUGGAGGUGCUGGUGGGGGAGGAGGUAUGGGAGGUGGUUCUGGCCAUGGUGGAGGAUUUGGAGCUGGAGGUGGCGUAGGGGGUGGUGCAGGUGGAGGAGUUGGUGGUGGUGUUGGAGGGGGGGGUGGUGGAGGUGCUGGUGGGGGAGGAGGUAUGGGAGGUGGUUCUGGCCAUGGUGGAGGAUUUGGAGCUGGAGGUGGCGUAGGGGGUGGUGCAGGUGGAGGAGUUGGUGGUGGUGUUGGAGGGGGGGGUGGUGGAGGUGCUGGUGGGGGAGGAGGUAUGGGAGGUGGUUCUGGCCAUGGUGGAGGAUUUGGAGCUGGAGGUGGCGUAGGGGGUGGUGCAGGUGGAGGAGUUGGUGGUGGUGUUGGAGGGGGGGGUGGUGGAGGUGCUGGUGGGGGAGGAGGUAUGGGAGGUGGUUCUGGCCAUGGUGGAGGAUUUGGAGCUGGAGGUGGCGUAGGGGGUGGUGCAGGUGGAGGAGUUGGUGGUGGUGUUGGAGGGGGGGGUGGUGGAGGUGCUGGUGGGGGAGGAGGUAUGGGAGGUGGUUCUGGCCAUGGUGGAGGAUUUGGAGCUGGAGGUGGUGUAGGUGGAGGCGUUGGAGGGGGUGCAGGUGGAGGUGGGGGUGGAGGAGGAGGCGGCGGCGGUGGAGGUGGCCUUGGGGGAGGAUCUGGACAUGGUGGUGGCUUUGGUGCAGGCGGUGGCGUAGGAGGAGGAGCUGGUGGUGGUGUUGGAGGAGGUGGGGGGUUUGGAGGUGGCGGAGGAGGAGGAGUAGGGGGUGGAUCAGGUCAUGGUGGAGGUUUUGGUGCAGGCGGAGGUAUAGGAAGCGGGGGUGGAGCUGGCGGUGGUGGUGGAUUAGGGGGAGGAAGUGGAGGUGGUGGGCAUGGUGGAGGAAUUGGAAUUGGCAUUGGCAUAGGGGUUGGUGUUGGUGUUGGGGGAGGUAGUGGCAAAGGUGUUGGUGUUGGUAGUGGGUCGGGAGGUGGUGGUGGCAACGGAGGCAAGUGA